AUGAUUAAAGGCGAGGCAAAAGAAUUUUUUGAAUCAAAUCUUUUGCCUACUAAUAAAACUAAAGCAAACAGAUCAUCAAAAGAAUAUAGUUUAGGAUCAGGUACAAGCAGUAGUUCUAUGGAUGAUAAAGAGGAAAAAUUAAGCAAAGAAGAAGUAAAGGAUACUACAUCUUUUGUUUUGGUUGCGGAAAUAAAUGAUUCCGAAUCUUCAUCCGGAUCUGGUGGUACUAAUGAACCGGAUUCACCCCCUUUAAGUACGUCGAUAUCUAACAUUAUUGAACUUGAAAGAGGAAAGGGCUCUUUAAAGCGAAAAAAAUCAAAUCGUUCUAUAUUUUCAGUAUUGUCUUUAUCCAACAAAGAUACAAGUAAAGGUUCUUUAUCAGAAUCUGAGGGUGAUCCUCUAAAAACGACAUCACCCAAAUCACCAUCGAAAUCCGAAAGAAUUUUAGGACGUUCGGGUUUUUCCUCUUUAUCUAUAAGAAAUCGUCGUUCUAAAUCCACUAUAUCCUUAGAUCUUUCUUUGUCACCUGAACAUUCUAAAUUAGGGUCAUCUGAUAUUCCCGAAAAGACUUCAAAAGUUGGAAAACUUCUUGGUUUGACUCCAAUGGAAGAAAGGAUAUUAUUGGAUAAACCUUCGAAUGGUAAAAUUAAUAAAAAGAUGCGCAGUCCUCCCUCUUCAUCUGUUGAUGAAAAAAAUAGAAUUAGUAAUCAGAUCAUAGGUGGAAGUAGUAAUAAAGUUAAUAAAAUUCUUGGUGUAUCAGACAUACACAUUAGGAAAUGA